UUGUUCAUGUUGUCGUUCGUUUCUCAGUAAAAGUGUAAAAUUUUAGCUUCAUUUUCUUCCUCCUACAGUCUCCGGAAGAUAGCUCAUUUUUGAAAAAUGGAGGCAAGCUCUGAUUCCUCCAAUCCUAAUGAGUGGGAGUUGAGUAAGGAGAACGUACAGCCCUUGAAACAAGGGCGCAAGUUGGCGAACUUGACAGCAGCGUUCGCUCCUAGUUCUGUUGAUCAGAGUAGAAUUCAUAAAGAGAAACGAGAGUUUGAAGCACAGAUCAGAACGUAUGAAGGCGAAGAUCCAUUAGCUAACUGGUACAGGUACAUAGUUUGGACGAGUGAAAACUUUCCCAAAGGCGGUAAAGAUUUGGGAAGUUUACUCGAGCGGUGCAUGACAACGUUCAAAGAUGAAGAAAGAUACAAGAACGAUGAACGAUACGUGAAAGUCUGGUUGCGUUAUACUGACAUUUGUACAGAUCCCUUGGAAAUUUUUAACUACAUGCACAGUCAGCAGUUAGGCAAUGGAUUAGCUCUCUUCUAUGAAGCAUGGGCCCUUAGUCUUGAAAACCUUGGAGAUUGCAAUAAAGCUGAUGAAGUACUAAACUUAGGAAUUCACCGGAGCGCUCAACCAUUGGAAAGACUUCAGAAACAACACAAAGCCUUUGAGUUACGACUGGCUGAAAGAGUUUCAAAUGGAUUACAGCAAGUGUCGAUAACAGAUGAGUCUGAACUUCAGAGAACAGCUCUAGGAGGCCUUAAGGGCCAUGGAAAGAAAGGAACUGUUGGGACUAAACGUACUGGAAAUGCCACUCUCACUAAAAAGACGGGCAUCAGGGGAACUGUGACAACAUCAAACACCUCCAAUAAUGGCUUCAAGAUCUUUUGCGACAAUGAACCUGGAAUGCAAAGCUCCUUACCCCCCUCCACAGGGGAAUGGCAGAUGCCCCCUACUGAACCAAUAAUCAAAAAAGAAAACACCCAGAAGCCUGGGAAAUGGACUGAUGCAAAGGUCUCUCAGAAACACCGUGCAUCUGUGCCUAUCAACUGCAUGCCCCAAAAGCCUGUCUUCUCUGUCCAUGUUGAUGAUGACAUCAAAAGCCACCCUCCUGCUACUCCUCAGCAUGUGUUACAGUUUGACAAGGUCUUGAGCUCGCGCAAACCAGAUCGACCUUCUGUUAUGGAUACACUCAGGAAUAAGCCAGAGAAUGCUGAGAGCCAAAAGUCAAAGGUGAUGUAUUGCAAGGAAAAAAUUUAUGCUGGGACUCAGGAGUUUUCCUUUGAAGAGCUACGCGCAGCAAGGAUAUUUGCUAGGGUAAGAGAGGGAACCUUCAGAGCACCAGCUAUUGAGAGACCUCCCACAAAUGUUCGAUACAUGUACCCUAAAAAGGAGAUUUAUGACUUAAUCCGUGGUGAGUUUCAGUAUGAGGAAAUUCUAGCCAGGAGAUAUUAUGCUCGUCAAAAGAAUGAAGAGGCUACAAGGAACUCACAAAAGAUAAGCUCGACAAUACAGUGCAAAACUUUGCCAGCCAGUGGCAAGCAAGGUGGUUUUGAAAUGCAUUGCGACAAGGAAUCGUGUGCCAUGGAGAUUGGCAGCUGUCAGAAGAGUGUUGUUUCAACUGUCCCUGAGCCAAACACUUCAACUGAAGUUUCAACAAAGACAGUUUAUAGCAGUGUGGCUGCUGAACCUAUAGCACGACGAGGUCUUGCCUUCGCAGAUCAAUCCAGUGCUCCUUUUUCUUCAGUGCAAAAGAAGUCUGAUGGCAAAGAAAACAUUGUGGAUGUGGAGCCCAUGACGCAAGGAGGUCUUGCUUUUGCAGAUCAGUCUAGAGCUCCUCUUCCUUCUGUGCAGAAUUCAACCAACCAUGAGCAGACCUCUUCAAAGCCUCCUGGCUCCACCCUGGCAAGUGAUUCACAGUCCAUGUACCGAAAAUCAGCUUUCCACCCAGUCACACCGGAUGUGAACAGGUCUUGUAGCUUCAACAGCUCCAAUCUGGCUGGUCCUUCGCCAACUGUUUUCACUAAACAAGCGUUAAUGGUUGUUGGAGAUAUGUUCUGCGGCCCGCUUGAUUCAGAACGUGACUUAACCCUGGGGCCGCGCCAGGAGAUGGAUAAGACAGAGAAGGACUUUGAAGCAGCAUUCACUGGUGAUGAUACUACCACUGUGGGAUUUUCAAAAGGUCUUGCAGGAAUGGGAGGAUUUGGAAGUUCUGCUGGUUUCGUGAUUUAUGAUGAGACUGCGGCUGACAAAAGGAAUGGAGACACAGAUGACAAAGAAAAGGAAUUUGAAGACAAGGAAAAUAUGCCACCAAAAGGCAACCGGCAAGAAGCAUGUCGUCGACCCUUAGCUGGUAUUCUUCAGCCAUCCCUGGGUAUUCCAACCUGCUCAGAGGAGGAUGAUGACGAGGAAGAAGCUGAAAUGAAUGAAAAAUUUGAGAGUACAAAUCUCAAGAAUUACCAACCGUUGCAACAGCUGGACAAAACUAGCGAAGUUUUCUUGGCCGAUUUCACCCAUGACCAGACCCUUGCAUCUUCAAGCUUCGCCACUGCGGCACACAUGGCCUCGACUCCAUUCUGUUACACAAAUGGCCCGAUGUCACUUCCCAGCCUUCCUUGCAGCACAAUUCGCCCAGCUAAUGAAAUUCCAGAAUUGAGUGACUUGCCUUCUGACGGAGGUCAAUACCGGUCCUCACAUCCGAACACUGUCCAAGCAAGCAACAGCUUUAUUUCCACGCCCAGCAAAGUUUUGAGCCCAAUAUUUGAAGCCAGCCAGGAGGAUACCAAAUCAACAAACUCAAGCCAUUCGUCCAACGGUUCAUCCAGGCGAUUUUCGUGUUCAGUUGGUGCACAGCAGCACAAUGGGUUAGAACUAAGUAAGAUACAAGAGGAAACAAGCCUCUGCCACGGUGAUGGUGAACAACAGGCUGUCAAUGUUGGUAAUGUUGCGAUAAACCCUUUCGCUGGUGCUGUUGUUGACAAUUUACUCCGCCGGAUUAAUCCUUCGCUAUCAAGCUAUGAAGGAUUCACUGUGUCAAGCAAAGAAGUGCCAAGAAUUGUAUCAAAUGCAUCCGUGAAUUUAGGUGGCAAUGAAAUAUUCAAUGUUGAAAAGUCGAUCGGUUCUGGGGCUUUCGCCAAAGUUUUCUUGGCGAAAAAAUUCGGUGACAAUGAUGAUAACGAUUUCGAAACUGACGACGAAAGUUCCGUGGUGUUGAAGGUACAGGAAAUAUCUAUUGAAUGGGAAUUUUACGUAAGUAAACAGCUUCAAAAGAGAAUGAGGGAGUGUGGAUGCUCUAAAGAGCUGCAGGCGAUGUUCAUGGACCCAAUAGCGGCAUUUGUGUAUUCUAAUUCAUCAGUGUUGGUGGAUAAAUACAACCCACUUGGUACCAUUCUGGAUAUGGUAAACAAAUACAAAAUGGAGAAGAAGACCAUGGAGGAAGGCGUCCUGUUUUAUUACACCAUUGCUCUUUUGCGAAUUAUAGAAACCUUGCAUUCUUGUGGCAUCAUUCACGGAGACAUAAAACCAGACAAUUUCCUUGUGUUGGAUAGUGAAGAUACAUUGGACUGCGCAUGCCUAAAAUUGAUCGACUUCGGACGUAGUGUGGACAUGACCCUUUUUCCAGCUGGAACAACUUUCACUACCAACUGUUACACAGAAGAUUUUCAGUGCAUAGAAAUGAAAGAGGGUAGACCUUGGACCACUCAGGUUGAUAUGUAUGGGCUUUUGGGCACAAUACACUGUCUCUUAUUUCUUGAUUACAUGAAAGUAAGCCAAGACAAAAUGGGAAGGUGGAAAACCACAAAACCAUUCAAAAGGUAUUGGAAUCCAAUUUGGGGAAGGCUCUUCGACUCGCUGUUGAACAUACCAAGCUGUGAGAAGCAACCAUCUCUGAAAGAUUUUCGUGAGGAAUUUGAACAGUUUUACCUUGCGGAUGAAGAAAAUUACUCCAGACACAGACGAAGCCACGAGGUGUUCAUGUUUUAGGCACACCUUCCUCUUGAAAUCCGACUGGCUUCUGAAUAAAAGGAAGAACUGUAUCAUACAGCUUUUUGCUAUGUUCGUAUUAAUAACUAUUGUUAUUGGCAUUAUUAUUAUUAUUAUUAUUAUUAUCAUCAUCAUCA